AUGGGGGAGGCCGAGGUGGGCGGCGGCGGCGCCGCGGGCGACAAGGGCCCGGGAGAGGCGGCCACCAGCCCGGCCGAGGAGACAGUGGUGUGGAGUCCCGAAGUGGAGGUGUGCCUCUUCCACGCCAUGCUGGGCCACAAGCCCGUCGGUGUGAACCGACACUUCCACAUGAUUUGCAUCCGGGACAAGUUCAGUCAGAACAUAGGGCGGCAGGUCCCAUCCAAGGUCAUCUGGGACCACCUGAGCACCAUGUAUGACAUGCAGGCCCUGCACGAAUCUGAGAUUCUCCCCUUUCCGAAUCCAGAGAGGAACUUCGUCCUUCCGGAGGAAAUCAUCCAGGAGGUCCGAGAAGGAAAAGUGAUCGAGGAGGAGAUAAAAGAAGAAAUGAAGGAAGACGUAGACCCCCACAAUGGGGCUGACGAUGUGUUUUCAUCUUCAGGAAGCUUGGGGAAAGCGAUGGAAAAGUCCAGCAAAGAGAAAGACAAGAACUCCUCAGACUUAGCUUGCAAAGAAGGGGCAGACAAGCGGAAGCGCAGCCGGGUCACCGACAAGGUCCUGACGACAAACAGCAACCCUUCCAGCCCCAGUGCCGCCAAGCGGCGCCGGACGUAGACACCCCGCGUGGGGCGGCGGCAGAGAGGCGGCCACGGGGUGGGGGGUGCGGUCAGCAGGGGUCGGCGUGCCCCAGCCAACUGCCCCACCGUCUGGUGCUGCCUGCCUCAGCGCCGGGGACACGCCGUCCUGCCCGGGAAGGGGACAGAGGCUUCCACGGUGCCCGCUGAGACUCCGGGGACUCUGGGGGACCCUGAGGGGCCCUGAAAGACCGGGGACAGCUCGUCUCAGAUCUUGAGGGCUGCAGAGGGGUCUCCGCCGUCUUCUCCUGCAUGCACGUUGCUGCCUGUGACGCCCACUGAGCUCCUGCCCGGGCUGCUGCAGAGGGUCCCCCAAGGCACCCCCGUGGAGCAGGGUCCGGACCAGGAGAACGUGCCCGAGCUGGCAAGCAAUAAAAAUGUCGUUUUCUGUCUGUCCUCAGAAGUGGCCAUUAGUCUCCCCGGGGACUGGCUUCCCCUCUUUGUUUUUCUGUCGUCCGGAGCCUCUCGUCCAGGACCAGCGUCAGGAGAAGGUGGCCUCGGACACAGCCGGCUCGGCCCCACUCGGCGGUGCCUCCCUCGCACCUGAGAACUUUGCCUUGUUCGCUUGUACUGUAAUGAUGUUACUGUAACGAUGUAUAUAGUUUGGUUGGCAUUUCACUAUUUAAUUUUUAAGAAGACUAUUUUACUAGUGUUUUAUAUGAAAAAAAUAGCCGCAGAAGUUAAACCUGUUGUAUUUUUCCUGAAAUGUUUUGUUUUAAGGCGAUGAUGUACUGAGAUACUUUUUGCUCAGUUUUUAUACGCCAGAUACGGAGAAAUUGUAGCAGUUAUUUUUGUAUUCCUGAGGAACUUGCAAACAGGCCGAUGAGCGUUUGAAGCAGGCACAGCCUGGGGCCGAGGGGACCCAGGGCUGUUGAAAUGUACUUUCGUUUGACUGCUGAUAUUAAAGCACAAGAAAUCAACCUGCAGUCCUGUGACUUUGAUACCAAAAUAGAUUCACUUUUUU